AUACAUAUAUACAUCAUAGCGCUUGUGUGUAUAUACUGUAUCAGAUUGGUUUGGGUAAAAGAGAGAGAGGGGCUCUCAGCAGCUUACCGCGUGUGGCAACUUGUCGGUUCAUUCAUCUGCAGCCCAGCAUCAGUCAGUAAUGUUUUGACCGUGGACUCGUCGCGACACGGAGUAUGAACGUGCCUCCACUCGAAGCGCGAGUCUAUUUUUCUUUACGAAAAAAAAACAGUUUGCCUUGGUGAUUGUUUAUAAAAGUUGAUGGGGCAUCCUUCGUGUUCGUGAAUUAUACAGUGUCUAGUGUUGGUGAUAACUAUUGUGCCCCAGUGAUUGAUUUGUUUACAAUGAUAAUGAAUAAGCGGUUGGUGCUUCUGGCACUGCUGAUGCUAGCUUGCGACCUUCGGCUCAGCAGUGCCGACGACGAUGACCAUAAACAAGUGGAUAUUCAACGAUGCUGUCGAGAGAACGAGGACUUCCAGGAUCCAGGCAAAUACGCGGACGGCUCGUUGCACUGUGUACCCAGUCGCGAGCCCUUAAAGCUCGACAUCUUCUCGCCGGAGACGGCCGACUAUUUGCCCGAACCCCCGAUCUCCUGGCGAUUCCUCGAGAACAGGAGGCCGGUUUGCGCCGAUCACGAGCAAUUGCAAUACUUUGGCUCCACCCCGUACACUCAGUAUCCGUUGAUGGAUUCCGGCAUGCUUAUCAUCGAGGUCGGUAGCGAGACGAGCCUCGAUCCCUCGCAAUACUGCGUCGGCUCGCAGAAGUUCCUGGCCUGCGUGCCAAGAAGGAACGAGAGCCUCCAGGCAGCUGCCACCAUGAAGCCGAAAUUAAGGAAGUGCUGCGGUCCCGAUGCCACUUACUCAAGAUCUUCGUGUGUUCACGUAGCUCACGAAGACGAGGUCUUGAUGGUGGCUAACUAUAUCUUCGCCAUGGAAAUGUACCCAAAGGUCGACCUGAUCAGCGGUUUCCCGACCAACUGCGAAAUGGGUUACACGAUCGUGGGUGAUUAUAAUGCGACAUUCCUUCAGGAGAAUGGGGGACUCCAGAUGCCAGGAAAAAGUAUACCCCCCGAGGAAUUUUGCCUCGACGUCAUUCAACAGGAUUCAGAGAUCUCGAACGACCCGUGGAAGCUGGUCAAAAUCUUUGGGUGUUUCCAGCCCGAUGAAAGAGAGUCUAAAGUCGUAAAACAAGACAUACGAUUCAAAUUGUAUCCAGUUUGCUUAAUCAUUAGCGCCAUAUUCUUGGCGGCGACAUUGGUCAGCGGCUGGUUUCAAUCCAACUCGCAUCAUCUGCUGCACUGGAGAUGUCAGACGUAUCAUGUCAUGUGCCUCAUGCUCGGUGAUAUUACCAUGGCAAUGAUCCAGCUGGGAGGAACGUCGAUAAAUGACGAAUUCUGCCGCGUCUUAGCAACCUUGGCUCAUUUCUUCUUUUUAUCGACAUUUUUCUGGCUGAACACGAUGUGCUUCAACAUUUGGUGGACAUUCAGAGAUUUGAGACCAACGAGUUUCGCUAAACAUCAAGAAGUACGUCGUCUCAAGUAUUAUGUAGUCUAUGCUUUUGGCUGUCCAUUUUUAAUUGUAGCGCUUGGCGCUAUGCUGGAUCAAUUGUCAAUCUCGUACGAUUACGACUUCCUUCGGCCACGUUUUGGUGAUAAGCAGUGCUGGUUUUACGGAAACAUGGAGAUCCUUGCUUACUUCUUUGGUCCAAUUGGUUUGUUGCUGAUGAUUAAUGUUUUAUUUUUCCUUUCGACUGCUCAUGAAUUGACUUGUGGUCUGUGGAAAGGAGAUAUUAUCAAAAGUACAUCUGAACGAGCCAAAUUGGGCAAAGUUUGCUUGAAGCUAGUCAUCCUCAUGGGCGUUCCAUGGAUAUUCGACGUGAUUUCGUGGAUGGCGGGAGGACCCAACUAUUUUUGGUACGUGACGGACCUAUGUAACGCAGCCCAGGGCGUGCUGAUUUUCAGCGUCGUGGGCUGCCGUCCACAGCUUUGGGCGGCGUUCAAGCGGCUCUUUGUGAAAAAACCUCAAACCCACUUCAGUAGCAAAGUUAACGCUGUGAGCAUGACGAGCCAUGGGAAUCCCAGCGCUGUCGACGAUAGCAUGACGCGCGGUGCGAGCACCAAACUCGAAGGAAUCGAGACUAUUUGUUGAGGGAACAAAGAAUCAUUAUCGAGUCCUAGAUAGCCAAUUUUUUCUAGAUCUAAAACGUUUCUGGAAUAGUUUGUUGUUGUUUAUUACUAGAAUAAUGUUAAGAGUUAUUUCAAAAUAGCAUAAUCCAAUGUAAUUUUACUGAGUUCACUGGUUUGAGUAAGUAUUUAAUAUGCUGCUUUUGUUUGUUAAGAUGACUGAAAAGCAACACUUCUUGUCAAUGUUUGAUGAAAACUGUAAAGUAUUUUAGAGAAAUGAUAGGACCUAAUGUUACCAUUUUAUUAUUAUCUAUAACGUAAUAGCUGUAGAUUUUGCACUGAUAAAUAUUAAACGUGUACUUAUUGCUGUGAUAUAUAUUAUAAUUUUUACAUGUAGGAAAAUUAUAGAUUUUAACGUUUUUACGGAUGAGUCAAUGUAUUUGGAUGAUUUAGUAAAUACACGAUUUCAAGUAUUUUUCAAUAAAAUGCAUUGUUUAAUCAACUGAA